CAGCUGUCUAGCUGUUAACUUCUAGUAUUUAAUAACUAAUUUAUGAGGAAGAGUCGGCUUAAAAUUUGUGUGAGAAAAUUGCAUUGCAAAUGGCAUCUCGUUUAAUAAACAGCAGAUCUGUGUUGAUCAGCGUAGAUCAGUUGUGCGGUAAUCACGGCGACGUCAGGUCAGGUUCACGGCUAAAAAUCCAAUCGGAGCUACAAAUGUUUACCAGCCUCAAAUUACUCACCAGUUUGUGGCUGCUGCUGCUGCACUCAGUGUACGGCCAUGCGGUGGAAAACAAACCCGUCACGGAAGACUGCCUGGAAUGCCUCUGCGAGACGUUGAGUGGCUGCAAUGCCACAGAGAUCUGUGUGAACGGGGCAUGCGGCAUCUUUCGUAUAACCGAGGGCUAUUGGAUAGAGGCGGGAGAGCUGACGCUGCCCAAUGAGACGCCCCUAUCCGAUAAUGCCUUCAUCAAUUGUGUCAAUCAGCCGCACUGUGCGGCGAAUACCAUCCAGAACUAUAUGUACAGGCACGGACAGGACUGCAAUGGGGACGAUCACAUCGAUUGCCUCGAUUUUGGUGCACUGCACAAGCUGGGAAAUCUCGGGUGUCGCGGCGAGCUGCCCUACAUUUACGCCAAGGUAUUCAACCGCUGCUUGAAGGUCAAGCAGAGGCACGCCCAGAGCCAGAGCCAGAAUCAGACUCAAAAUCAAGUGAAAAUCAAAAACCAGUCCUCAACAUAAUUGAUUCUUUAUUGUUUUGAAUCGUUUUACUGUUUUUGAAACAAUCUGUUAAUACAUAUAGUACAUACAUCGAAA